AGGCGGAAGAUUUUUCCCAUUAAAACACCCGACGAAGAGACCACAGGCGAGAUGUCAACAAAAAAACUCUCCCGAAAAUGCCUCUGUCAACCUGAAUAAGAACCAGCCUAAUUUUACAAUUCAUCCACAGUAACGAGCAGUAACGUUAGCUUCUUUUUAUUACAUUUUAAAAAAGCCACACAAUGGGAACGCAUCUUUCGGGAGUAAAUGUUGUUCUUGUUAUGACCUACGGCUGCCUGGUGUUUGUGCUGCUGUUCAUCUUUAUGAAAAGGCAGAUUAUGCGCUUCGCUAUGAAGUCUCGCAGAGGACCACAUGUCCCGCUGGGUCACAAUGCACCAAAGGACCUGAGAGAAGAGAUCGAUUUGUGUUUGUCUAAAGUGAAUGACGUUCGCUAUGAACCAAGUCUGCUCUCAAAAGAUGACGACCGACUGAGGCAUCAGGGCCAAAUUGGUUGUUAUAAUUAUCUCUACAGAAUGCAAGCUUUAGAUGCCAUCAGAGACUCUGGUAAGACUUUCUUCUGCCUCUCUGCAGAUCAACAUCACACAGUUCAAGCUCGUUCUGUUUGAUUUGUGUAUGUAUUUUAUUUUCUGUGAAAUUUAAGCUUAUUACA